AUGACUGGCUGGCUGGUCUCUCUGACAAGUAUCAAAAUACUACUUUUAGCAGUGCCUUGUCUGAGUGUCCACAUUGAACCUGAAGAAGGCAGCCUCGCAGGAGGAACGUGGAUCACUGUCAUUUUUGACGGUUUGGAGCCAGGUCUCCUUUAUCCUGCCAACGGCUCUCAGCUGGAGAUCCACCUGGUGAAUGUGGCUGUACCCAUGCUGCCCAUCAUACCCUGUGACAUCUCUCCUGUCCUCCUGGAUUUGCCGGUAGUGAUGUGUAGGACCAGAUCUCUGCUGUCCGAAGCACAUGAAGGUCUCUAUUACCUGGAAGUGCAGGCUGGGGGACAGGUCGUAGGCAGCCCAAGUUCAGGACCACGAGACAGCUGCACUUUCAAGUUUUCCAGGGCACAGACACCCAUCGUUUACCAAGUUAAUCCACCAAGUGGAGUGCCAGGAAACCUUAUACAUGUGUAUGGCUGGAUUAUCACCGGAAGGUCGGAAACCUUUGAUUUUGAUGCCGAGUACAUUCAUAGCCCAUUGAUGUUGGAAGCUCAGGGAGACAAAUGGGUCACUCCUUGUUCUCUUGUAAACAGACAGACAGGAUGCCGCUAUCCUAUUCAGGAAGACCAUGGUCUUGGGACUCUGCAGUGCCGUGUGGAAGGCAACUACAUUGGCUCCCAGAAUGUUAGUUUCUCAAUAUUUAACAAAGGAAAGUCAAUGGUACACAAGGAUGCAUGGCUGGUCAGUGCUAAGCAGGACCUUUUCUUGUACCAGACGUAUUCAGAAAUACUAUCUGUGUUUCCAGAAACUGGGAGCCUUGGGGGAAGAACAGACAUCACAAUUACAGGGGACUUCUUUGACAAUCCUGCCCAGGUUACCGUUGCAGGCAUUCUGUGUGAUAUUAGACACGUGUCUCCCAGGAGGAUUGAGUGCACCACCAGAGCUCCAGGUAAAGGUGCAAGACUCUCCGCUCCUCAGGCAGGCAAUCGAGGGCUUCUCUUUGAAGUUGGAGACGCGGCUGAGGGCUUGGACCUGACAGAAGCCACCCCUGGGUACAGAUGGCAGAUUGUCCCUAAUGCCAGCUCUCCGUUUGGAUUUUGGUCAAAGGAAGGGCAACCUUUCAGAGCGCGGCUCAGUGGGUUCUUUGUGGCCCCAGAGACAAAUAAUUACACUUUCUGGAUCCAGGCUGACAACCAGGCUUCCCUGUAUUUCAGUCAGUCGGAGGACCCGAGGACCAAGGUGAAAGUGGCCUCCAUCGCAGUGGGCACUGCUGACUGGUUUGACUCCUGGGAGCAGAAUGGGAGUGAAGAGACCUGGCAACAGAAGGCCCCCAAGCUGGAGCUGCUCGGGGGAGCCAGGUACUACCUGGAAGCAGAGCAUCGAGGGAGAGCCCCCAGCCGCGGGGUGAGGAUUGGUGUCCAGAUCCAUAACACCUGGCUGAAUCCCGAGGUGGUCAGCACGUACCUCCGGGAGAAGCAUCAGAUCCAAGCCCGGGCCCAGAGACUUCCGGAAAUCCAGAUGCUGAUGGUGUCUGGCACAGGGAACUUCUCCCUUACCUGGGACAAUGUCUCUAGCCAGCCAAUCCCUGCAAAUGCCACGGCCCAUCAGAUUCAAACAGCCCUUGAGGAGUUACUUGCAGUUAAAUGUAAACUGGAACCCCUUUCAGCGAACAUCCUACUCCGGCUGGGAUUCGAGCAAGGCCUAGAAGGUUCCAGCUCUGAUGGGCACCUCACCAGUGGGACAGAGCCCUUCUGUGGGAGAUUCAGCUUCCAUCAGCCUCGACACCUUGUCCUGAUACCCGCGGCUGCCCAGAAGGGCAACCGGCUAGAUCAGUACACACAUCUGUGCCUUGCAUACAAAGGCCACAUGAAUACGAUCCUGACAGUGACAGUGUCCUUCACAAUUGGCUUUCAAAACACCGUUAUGAAGAACGUCACCUGUGACUGGAGUCUUGUGGGGGCCAGCCCUAACAGCUGGCAGUUCGCCUGCACCGACCUCUGGAAGACGUGUGUGCAUCGCUCCGCGCAGCUCCAGCCACCUCCCGCAAACUCCCCAGUGCUGGUUCAUCAGAUUGACCUCCUCCCUUUGUCUCCGGAGAUGGACGUGUUCUAUGUGGAUGAGAUUAUUAUUGCAGACACAAACCUAACAGUUUCUCAGGCUGACUCUGGAACAGCUCGCCCUGGCGGGAAUCUGCUGGAAUUGCUCUCUGUGGUGGGAUCCCCUCCUGUCUACAAUGUGACCUCCUGGUUGGCAGGGUGUGGCUUGGAGCUCCCGCUCAUCACUGCAAGCUCUGUGCCCACUGAAGGAGCAGAAGAAGGAUCCGGGUUGGUCCAGGUGACAACACAGAGACUACAGAGGGCAAGUCCACCUUUAGGAGGACACUUUCGCAUCCAGCUUUCUCACACAGUGAUUCCUGCUGUCCCUGUGCACAUCUCAGCUAGUCACCUCCAAAAGCUCUUACAAACCAACGCUGAUGACUUCACAUCUAGGUACCUUAAUGUCAGUGACUUCACUGUGACAGAGGAUCUAAAGUCUUGCUAUGAACAUGUGUGGACUCUCUCCUGGUCCAACCAGGUUGGGGACUUGCCCAGCUUUAUAAGGGUAUCUGAUGAAAACCUAACGGGAGUUAACCCUGCUGUAACCACUCGUGUGGUAUAUGAUGGUGGAGUCUUCCUUGGACCCAUAUUUGGAGACAUGUUGGUCACUGCCAACCAGUACACUCAGGUGGUUGUGCGAGUGAACGACAUACCAGCUUAUUGUUCAGGUUCCUGUUCCUUCCAAUACCUUGAAGGGUCAACUCCCCGGGUCCACUCUGUGUGGUAUGCCCUCGAUGACAUUGACCUACUGGUCUAUAUUACUGGAAAUGGUUUCUCUGGUGACUCCGAGGCCUUGCAGGUUACAGUGAACAAAACAAGUUGCAAAGUUAUUUUCUCAAACCAAACGAAUGUGGUGUGUCAGACAGGCCUGCUGCCCGUUGGAGUGCAUCAGAUUUCAAUGUUGGUGAGACCCUCUGGUCUUGCUGUCAGUGCCAGUGGAGGAGGCCUCUUCCUAAACGUGGAGCCCAGGCUGGAUGCUGUGGAGCCUUCCAGAGCUGCAGACAUUGGAGGGCUCUGGGCCACCAUCCGAGGCUCUAGUUUGGAAGAUGUUAGCCUGGUUUUAUUUGGAUCCCAGUUUUGUGCCAUUAAUGUCACCACAAGCAAUUCACGAAGAAUUCAAUGCAAAGUUCCACCCAAGGGGGAAGAUGGACCUACAGUGAAUGUGACUGUGAUCAGAGGGGACCAUUCUGUGGUUCUUCCCAAGGCAUUUACUUACGUCUCCUCUUUAAAUCCAGUAAUUGUGUCUCUCAGCAGAAACAGAAGCAGCAUAGCAGGAGGUGAGACCCUUUCCAUUGGAAUGGUGCUGCCAAUGAACCAUACGGAUUUGGAUGUCCAAGUCCACAUUGGGGACACCAGAGCUCGGGUCCGAGCGCAGGCAGCUCAGGGCCUGGAGGUGGUGCUGCCCCCGCUGCCUGCUGGGCUCCACGGAAUCUCAGUCUCCAUCAAUGGGGCCCACAUUCAUGCACAAGGUGUGGAUCUUCACAUCGAGUACAUCACAGAAGUCUUCAGCGUCCAGCCUUGCUGUGGGUCCAUUCUGGGUGGAACCAUCCUCAGCAUCUCAGGAAGAGGGUUCAGCAGGGACCCAGCUUUGGUUUGGGUGCUUGUGGGCAAUCGGUCCUGUGACAUUGUGAACUCAACGGAGACGAACGUCUGGUGUGAGACCCCGCCAGCCCCCCUGCCGCCUGGUGCCCCAGCCCCUGUGGAGGUCUGGGCUGGCAGCCAGCCCUUCCCCUACCAACCUUUGCCAAGCCUGGUGGGGAAGGGCUUCAUCUUCACAUAUGAAAUGGCAGCAACCCCGGUGGUCACAGCCACGCGAGGAGAAAUCACAAAUCACAGCCUGAGGCUCUACGUGGAAGGGCAGAAUCUCUCCAACUCAGAGGUCCUUCUGGGGAACUUGAGCUGUGAUGUUGAGACCCAGUCUCCCAGUAGCAACACAAGCCUGUCUGGGUGCGCUUUUCCUCUUCACAGUUUGGAGGCGGGCAUCUAUCCUCUCCAAGUACGUCAGAGGCAGAUGGGGUUUGCUGACAUGUCUGCGGUGCCCCAGCAAUUUGUGGUGUUGCCUCAGAUAACAGCCAUUUCCCCAACACUUGGGUCCACUUGUGGAGGGACAGUACUCACGGUGAGGGGCUUGGCUCUCAAUUCCAGCAGGAGGUCAGUUCAGGUUGACAUUUCAGGUCCUUUCACUUGUGUGAUUUUGAGUUUGGGGGACCAGACGGUCCUCUGUCGGAUUACCCCGGCGGGUAACCCCUUGCCUGGUGCUUCCUUCACCCUGAAUGUUACUGUCCUGGUUAAUGGGCUGCCCAGCGCCUGUCAGGGGAAUUGCACUCUUUUCUUGUGUGAAGAGACAACUCCUGUCGUGGACGCCUGGACCACAACCAUCAGUGGGUCUCUGACCACAGUGCUGAUGAGGGGUCAGAGGUUAGGUACCGCGGCUGAUGAACCAAUGGUGUUUGUGGAUGGUCGCCUUCCUUGCCCUGUGACUUCCUUUAAUACAACCCACGUGGCGUGCUGUAUCAGUGGCUUGGCCCCAGGACCCCACUACCUGUCGGUUCUUCAUACGAGAUAUGGGUAUGCUUGCUCUGGUCACGUUCACAGACACUUCCACAUUUUGCCUCAAGUGUUUCAUUAUUUCCCCAAGAAUUUCAGCCUCCAUGGUGGAAGCCUCUUGACCUUGGAGGGUACAGCCCUGAGGGGACGGAACUCCACUUUAGUCUACAUUGGCCAGCAGGCCUGCCUGACUGUGAACCUCAGCUCUGAGCUCAUCCAGUGCGCUGUUCCUGCAGGGAAUGGCUCCGUUGCCCUGGUCAUAGAGGUAGAUGGACUUUCUUACCAGGUGGGCGUCAUUGGUUACAGCGACGCCUUCACCCCCGAAUUGCUCUCAGUUUCUCAGACUGAUGACGUCUUAACGUUUUCAGUGGCCGGGAUCUCAGGAGCUGCGAACGUUGACAUUUUUAUUGGGAUAUUCCCCUGUGUGGGUGUCUCUGGCAACCGUACCCUUCUCCAGUGUGUGGUCCCAUCCCUUCCUGUCGGGGAGUACCAAGUCAGAGGUUAUGACCACCUGAGAGGGUGGGCCUCAUCUAUCCUGGUGUUCACAUCCAGAGUGACCGUUACAGCAGUGACCGAGAACUUCGGCUGCCUGGGUGGAAGGCUCGUGCAUGUGUUUGGAGCAGGAUUUUCUCCUGAGAACAUCUCAGCUGCCGUGUGUGGUGCUCCCUGCCAAGUCUUGGCUAACGCGACAGUGUCUGCCUUCAGCUGCCUGGUUCUGCCCCUGGAUGUGUCCUUGGCUUUCCUGUGUGGCCUGAGACCUGAGGAGGAGAACUGUGAGACCUCUGGCUGCAGCUACGUGCAGUGUGAUUUGACUGUCGCUGUGGGGACAGAGAGCCUGCCCGAGUCAUGGCCUUAUUUCUACACCUGUGAAGAGAGUUCCCGAUGCAUCUGUGCACAAGAUCGUUGGACAGAGUCCGUCUUUCCAUCUUUCUCAGGCCUCUUCAUCAGCCCUAAAGUGGAAAGAGAUGAAGUUCUCAUCUAUAAUAGCUCCUGUACCAUUACCAUGGAAACUGAGGCAAAGAUGGAGUGUGAGACGCCUAAUCAGCCAAUUACCGCCAAGAUUACUGAGAUACAGAAAAGCUGGGGCCAGAACACUCAGCCUCCUCUUCAUGCCCGCGCCCCUUCUCAGCAGUUGGCUGGCAGUGAUGUUUACUGUAGAGGAAAGCUGAUUUUCCUGGACCCAGGACCCAUCGAGCUCAGAGCACACUCCAUCCUUGUUUCUGAUGGUGGAGAGCUCAGGAUUGGAUCCGAGGACAAGCCCUUCCAAGGCAAAGCUCAGAUCAAACUCUACGGGAGUUCCCACUCUACCCCCUUCUUUCCGUAUGGAGUCAAGUUCCUGGCUGUGAGGAAUGGAACUCUUUCCCUGCAUGGUUCACUCCCAGAAGUCGUGGUCACCCAUCUUCGAGCAGCUGCCUAUGCCCGUGACACGGUGUUGGCUCUGGAAGAUGCUGUGGACUGGCACGCGGGGGAUGAAGUCAUUGUCAUCAGUGGGAUGGGUGCAGAAGGCGCCAAGCCCUUGGAAGAGACUGUCAUUGUGGAGAGUGUGCAGAAUACAGACCUCCAUCUGAGGUCACCCUUGAGAUAUUCUCACAACUCCACAGAGAACUGGGUGGCUGGAGAGCUCCAUGUUUUAAAGGUCAUGGUGGUUCUCCUCAGCAGGAGUGUUACCAUACAGGGAAAUCUCACUGAUGAGAGGGUGCAGCUCCUUGCUUCAUGCCAGAGGGCCAAUGCUUCACAAGGUGAUUUGCAGAACUGUUUGUAUUUCAAGAGUGAGAAGAUGCUGGGAUCCAGGGAUCUGGGGGCCAGAGUCAUCAUUCAGUCUUUUCCAAAGGAGCCCAGCUGGGUCCAGUUGAAGGGAGUGCAGUUCCGGGACUUGGGGCAAGCCUUCUGUAAGCAUGUGAGCUCGCUGACUCUGGUGGGAGCUCUGAGAGGUUCCUACAUGCAGGGCUGUACUGUGUGGCGAUCUUUCAGCAGAGGCCUCAGCGUGUCCAGGACCUUGGGCCUGAAGGUGGACAGUAACGUGUUCUAUGAUAUUUUAGGCCACACACUGCUGGUGGGUACACCCCCCGAGAUAAGGUAUAUCCCUUGGGAGGUUAUUCCUGGAAGAGAAAAUGACUGGUCAGAACAGGGGAAUAUAAUAAGAAACAAUGUGAUCAUCAGUGUUUCUGGCGCCGAGGGACUUUCCAGUACUGAAAUGAUGGCACCCUCUGGUAUCUACAUCCGCGAUCCCACCAAUGUUGUAGAGGGAAACAGGGUGUGUGCUGCUGGCUAUGGCUACUUUUUUCACCUUGUGACCAACCAAACAUCCCAAGCUCCACUUCUUUCCUUUACCCGGAACAGUGCACAUGCUUGUACGAGGUGUGGCCUCUUUGUAUACCCUAAGUUUCAGCCAACUUGGGAUAACGGCACUGGUCCCACCCUGUUCCAAAAUUUCACGGUUUGGGGAAGUGCAGGUGGUGCCCAGAUUUUUAGAAGUAGCAAUCUUCACCUGAAAAACUUCCAGGUUUAUGCAUGCAGAGAUUUUGGAAUUGACAUCUUGGAAAGUGAUGCAAAUACUUCAGUUACUGACAGCUUAUUACUUGCUCAUUUUGCCCCCAAGGGAAGCCUGUGUAUGUCAGCUGGGAUCAAAACUCCCAAAAGAUGGGAACUGACAGUGUCUAACACAACCUUUGUGAAUUUUGAUCUCACUGACUGUGUGGCCAUCAGGACCUGUUCAGGCUGUUCCCGAGGACAGGGUGGAUUUACUGUCAAGACCAACCAGUUGAAGUUUACAAACUCUCCAAACUUGGUAGCAUUUCCAUUUCCUCAUGCAGCAAUUUUGGAAGACUUGGAUGGGUCUCUGUCCGGGAAAAAUAGAAGUCACGUUCUUGCUUCUAUGGAAACCCUUCCAGCUUCUUGUUUGGUCAAGGCCAGCUUCAGUCAGCUUGUCCAUGGAAGUGUCUGUGAGGAAAAUGUUCUCUUCCAUCGUAUGUCUAUUGGUUUAGCCAAUGCCCCAAAAGUUUCUUAUGAUUUAACCAUAACGGACAGCAGAAAUAAGACAACCACUGUUAGUUAUGUGCAUGACACACUGUCCAACCCUUAUGGCUGGAUGGCACUGCUCUUGGAUCAAGAGACCUACUCACUGCGAUUUGAGAGCCCUUGGACCAACAGCUCUCUGCAGUACUCAGCGACAUUUGAGAACUUUGCUCCUGGGAAUUACCUGCUGCUGGUGCACACAGACCUGUGGCCUUACCCUGACAUCCUCAUAAGGUGUGGGAGUCAAGUGGGGCGGUCCCUUCCGUCUCUUCCAUCACCUGGUCGGGACCAAGGCUGUGACUGGUUCUUCCACAGCCAGUUGAGACAACUCACCUAUCUGGUUUCAGGUGAAGGCCAAGUUCAAGUAAUUCUCCAGGUGAGGGAAGGUGUGGCGCCAACUAUUUCAGCUUCUUCCUCUGCACCUGAGUCAGUUUUAAAAUGGUCCCUCCCCGAAGCAUGGGAAGGCAUGGAGAAGGGCUGGGGAGGACACAGCGGUACCAUUCCAGGCCCUGGGGAUGACGUCCUGAUUUUACCCAACAGGACUGUCCUUGUGGAUACAGAUCUUCCGUCCCUCAGAGGCCUCUAUGUGAUGGGGACUCUAGAAUUCCCUGUGGACAGAAGCAACAUUCUGAGCCUGGCGUGCAUGCUCAUUGCAGGCGGGGAACUGAAAGUCGGUACUUUAGAAAAUCCCUUAGAAAAAGAAAAAAAGCUCCUGAUUCUCCUUAGAGCUUCAGAGGGAGUCUUUUGUGACCGUUUCAUCGGAAUUCGUAUUGAUCCAGGAACAAUUGGGGUGUUUGGGAAACUUCAGCUUCAUAGUGCUUAUCCUAAGAAAUCCUGGACACAUCUUGGGGCUGACAUUGCCUCAGGCAAUGAGAGAAUUAUAGUAGAGAACACAGUGGAUUGGCGACCCCAAGACAAGAUUGUCCUUAGUUCCUCUUCAUAUGAACCUCACGAAGCAGAGGUCCUCACUGUGAAAGAAGUCAGGGGCCACCAUGUUAGCAUCCAUGAACGGCUCAGACACCGGCACGUCGGAAGUGUCCACGUCAUGGAGGAUGGCCGACACAUUCGUUUGGCUUCAGAGGUUGGACUUCUGACCCGAAACAUACAAAUCCAGGGUGAUACAUCAUGCGGGGGGAGACUACUUGUGGGGUCCUUCAGGAAGUCCAGCGUGGAAGAAUUUUCAGGUAUCCUUCAACUUUUCAAUGUGGAAAUUCAGAACUUUGGCUCACCACUGUAUUCCUCCAUCGAGCUCACUGAUACGUCGGCAGGAUCCUGGAUAAUAUCUUGUACUCUGCACCAAAGCUGUGGUGGGGGCAUUCGUGCAGCUGCCAGUCAGGGGAUCGUUUUAAAUGACAAUGUAGUGUUCAGCACAGCUGGCCAUGGCAUUGAUUUGGAGGGUCAGGACUAUUCUCUCUCUAAUAACCUUGUGGUUCUGAUGACACAGUCAGCCUGGUCUCCCAUUUGGGUGGCAGGAAUCAAAGUGAAUCAGGCAAAGGACAUCCAUCUCCAUGGCAACGUUGUGGCAGGAUCCGAGAGACUUGGCUUUCACAUCCGAGGCUACAGGUGCUCCUCUCCUGAAGCCCUUUGGUCUGACAACGUGGCCCACUCAAGUCUUCACGGCCUUCAUCUCUAUAAGGAGACUGGACUUGACAACUGUACCAGUAUCUCUGGCUUCUUGGCUUUCAAGAACUUUGACUACGGUGCCAUGCUCCAUGUGGAGCAUGGCAUGGAAAUAGAGAACCUCACUCUGGUCGACAAUACUAUUGGCCUUUUGGCAGUAGUUUAUGUGUCUUCUGCCCCACAGUGUUAUAGUGAAAAUCUACAGAUUGUGGUUAGGAAUUCAGUCAUCGUGGCCACUAGCUCAUCUUUUGACUGCAUUCAGGAUAGAGUUAAGCCUCGUUCUGCCAACGUGACAUCACCUGAUCGAGCUCCUUCCAAUCCCAGAGGGGGUCGAGUUGGUAUUUUGUGGCCUGUAUUCACCUCGGAACCAAAUCGGUGGCCUCAGGAGCCAUGGCACAAAGUGAGGAGUGGCCAUUUAAUUUCAGGCAUCAUGAAACUUCAAGAUGUGACCUUUUCUGGUUUUGUGAAGAGUUGCUAUAGCGAUGAUCUAGAUGUCUGCAUUCUGUCCAAUGCAGAGAACACUGGGAUCGUGCCUCUAAUAACGGCAGAGAGGACCAGGAUGCUAAAGAUCAAAGAUAAAAACAAGUUCUACUUUCCUCCUUUACAAACCAGGAAAGAUUUAGGAAUACUGGUCUGCUCUGAAUCUGACUGUGAAAGUCCUAGAAAAUAUCUCUUUAAGGAUCUGGAUGGGAGAGCUCUGGGUCUGCCUCCACCAGUUUCUGUAUUUCCUAAAAUUGAAGCAGAAUGGACUGGAUCCUUCUUCAACACAGGCACAUUUAGAGAAGAGCAGAAAUGCACAUACCGAUCGCUGAUGCAAGGCUACAUCUGCAAACAGACUGACCAAGUGAUCUUAAUUCUUGACAGUGCUGAUGCCACUUGGGCAAUGCAAAAGUUAUAUCCAGUUGUAUCUGUGACUAGUGGUUUUGUUGACACCUUCAGUAGCGUAAAUGCCAAUACUCCCUGCUCCACUUCAGGGUCUGUAUCUGCUUUCUAUUCCAUUUUACCCACCAAGGAAAUCACCAAGGUCUGCUUUGUGGAUCAGACUCCUCAAGUUUUGCGUUUUUUUCUAUUGGGGAACAAAAGUACCUCCAAGCUCCUCUUGGCUGUAUUCUACCAUGAACUCCAGAGCCCGAAUGUUUUCUUAGGGGAAAGAUUCAUUACACCUACUCAGGUUCAGUCAACUUCCUCACUGCUGAAUGGGUCUAUUGGCGCCAACUAUUUCAGCAUCAUGGAUAACCUCUUGUAUGUUGUCCUACAAGGAGAGGAGCCCAUUGAAAUUCGCUCAGGUGUUUCCAUUCAUUUGGCCCUCACUGUGAUGUUUUCAGUUCUAGAAAAAGGCUGGGAAAUGAUGACCCUUGAAAGACUAACUGACUUCUUGCAGGUUAGCCAAGACCAAAUCAGAUUUAUUCAUGAGAUGCCUGGUAAUGAAGCAACCUUAAAGGCCAUGGCUGACCGUAGAGCAAAGAGAAAGCGCAAUUGCCCAACUGUGACUUGUGCCAGUCAUGAUAGAGUUGGUCAGCGUAGACUUCUCAUGAUGGAAAUGAGCUCAUAUAGAGUCCUACUGCCCACCACUAUGGAAACUAUCUCAAAAGUGAUGGUCGUUGAAAUUGGUGAUCUGCCAGCAGUAAGGAACACUGGAGUAAUUCCAUCCUUAUCAAGUAACAAAUUACAGACUUUGGCUCACCAGGUUAUCACUGCUCAGCAGACUGGAGUACUAGAGAAUGUUCUGAAUAUGACUAUUGGGGCCUUACUGGUGACUCAGUCAAAGGGAGUCAUUGGCUAUGGAAAUACAAGCAAUUUCAAAACUGGGAACUUGAUAUAUAUUCGGCCCUAUGGUCUUUCAGUCCUAGUCCAGCCUUCAGAUGGAGAAGUGGGAAAAGAACUUACAGUACAACCACAGCUCGUUUUUCUGGAUAAGCAGAAUCGGAGAGUAGAGUCGUUGGGGCCCCCAUCAGAGCCUUGGGUCAUUUCUGUUUCUCUGGAAGGGACAUCAGAUUCCAUGCUGAGAGGAUGUACUCAGGCAGAAACUCAAGAUGGUUAUGUGAGGUUCUCCAACUUGGCAGUUUUGAUCUCUGGGUCAAAUUGGCACUUUAUUUUUACUGUCACUUUCCCUCCAGGGGUCAAUUUUACAGCUCGCUCCAGGCUGUUUGCUGUCUUACCUGCAACUCCAUCCGAGAGGCCCACGAUCGUACUGGCUGCUUCCCUGUGCUCAGGGGUCUCGUGGCUGGCUCUGUGCUGCCUCGUAUGCUGUUGGUUUAAGAAAAGCAAAAGCAGAAAAAUAAAAAGUGAAGAGAUUUCUGAAUCCCAGACUAAUGAUCAAAAGAAUCAUAGCCACGUCUCACCCAAACGCCAAGAAUCACAAGUAGAGACUGAAAAGGAAGGCACCAUGAUGGCAGAAGAUUUGAGGAUGAAGGUCAUGCUGGGCAAGCGGAACCAGCUCCCCCAUCACUCACGGAAUGGUGUGUCCAGAAGGAAGGUGAGCCGCCGUGCAGUCCAAGAGGAAGGUGGCAGCCGAGAAGAGGCCGAGGCCGCUGUGCCUGCUCCCGGUACUACCAGUGUCACGUCACACAGGAACACGUGUGCUUUGGGCUCUCCUGCUCAGCAGCUGUACCUGCAGGAGACUGGGAGCUGGAAGGAGGCCCAGGAGCAGGUGCUCCGAUACCAGCUGUCGGGCCAAGAUCAGCUGCUGCUGCCCUGCCCAGACCUCAGACGAGAGACGCAGCGAUUGCAGGGCCGGAGUCGCCUGGGCAAGGAGCAUGGUAGCCUGGGGCUGCCCCAGGAGAAGCCAGCCUCCUGCAGUGCCGCCGAGGCAUCCUGCCUCCAUUCAGUGCGUCCAGAGGCCGUUCAGGGGCAGCUGUGA